AUGGAGCUCACCACCAUCUGCCUUACCGCUCUUAUCAUAGGUUUGCUUCUGAUUGGAAACUCGCCAAUCCAAAUGCCACGAGAAGCCUGGGGCUGUGCUCUUGCUACGGCAUUCUUUGCCGUUAUCGGAGGCGCAUCAUUCUUUGGUCAGAUCAUCCAUACGGCCCUUCCAGAGCUUCAGAAAACACAUGACACCCCCGGGGACUACUUUGAACAUCUAUCAAGGGUCUUUUAUCACGGUCGAGGCAAGUUCAGGUUCGGCAUCUGUUGUGACCGGCAGGGACAUUGUAUAUCUUGUCUUGAUCUUCGGGAUGAGGAUAUUCGUGCCCUUUUGAGAAUGUGGCACACUGGGCUCGACAGGAGAAUGAAAGAAGAUGAGCGGGGAGUCGAUUCUUAG